CAGACCAUCGCUUCCGACAUAUCGCUAUGAAGUUUAAGUUCUGCUCCGAUGGCGACUGCCCACUAUGGGCGCUGGCGGCACUGCAUGCGCUUAGCAGCCUCCCGAUACCUAUCUUCAGAAAUUUGCUGCAACACGUCGUUGAGGAACACCCUGACGAUGGAAUCAUGGAAAUAUUAAAAGACACCAAUUUAUCUUCGCGUGAGGAGUGCGCCCGUGCCGCAGCAGUACUGCGCUGGACAUUGAAGCAGGCUCAUCGCUGUGGCUGUAGCGGCGUCCAGCUUGCUCGGGAUCUCUUAGUCCUGGGGGUGCCUCGAGCGCACGCGUCUGCGCUCGCCGACGCUGCGGAGUCCGGACGGGAGGCGUAUGAGGCACAGAUUAAAAAUACUGGAUUUAUGAUCAAUAAACUAACAGACGUAACAGCAGCACCGGGCCCGGAAGGUACAGUAGACACGAUUAAGCUUACUCUGCACAUUGAUGAAGUAUUCACUGGUGAACAGAAGACUGAUGAAUUGAUAAUCGAUAAAUCUCAAGCAAAGGUCCUACUGGAGGAGAUGAAAAAAGCGCUAAAAAGAAUGGAAGAAAUUGAUAUUUAGUUGAAAUAUAGAAUUAUAUAUUUAUGACUUAGUAAACUUAGGUUUUUUUUUAUAUUUACGUUUCGUAUAACAAUUUAUGAGAACACAAAAUAGGGUUCCCUAAAAGGUAGAGUGAAAUUUAUAUUUUAUUUUCAUUAUUUAAAAUAUUUUUUUUUUUUAGUUUA